GUGUGGCCAGGAGGGAGCCUACGGGGGAGGCGCAUCCAGUUCUGGGCCAGGGGGUCCAAAGUGCUUAGCUCCCAGGGUGCACAGCUGGAAAUUUGGGGGUCUUCUGUCAGCAGGGGACAGCGUGAAUGGGUGGGAGAUAUUUAUACCCAGGGUCAGGGAGAGAGCGGGCAGGCGGCCGAGGGCAGGAGAACUGGGACUGCCUGAGUACGGAGAGACCACUGGCUGAGGUGUGUAGGGGCAGGGCAAUGGCAUCUCCCGGCCACAUCCUGAUUGUCUGUGUGUGUCUCCUCUCCAUGGCCAGUGCAGAAGCUCCGCAGGAACCAGAUCCAUUCACCUACGAUUACCACACCCUGCGGAUCGGCGGCCUCACUAUCGCUGGGAUCCUCUUCAUCUUGGGCAUCCUUAUCAUCCUUAGCAAAAGAUGCCGGUGCAAAUUCAACCAACAGCAGAGAACUGGGGAACCCGACGAAGAGGAGGGAACUUUCCGCAGCUCCAUCCGCCGUCUGUCCACCCGCAGGCGGUAGAACCUCCACCUGGCUCCAGGAAACUCAGCCAGGUCCUGCAGUUGAUGGGAGGAAGGAGGGAGAGAGGUUGGCGGGUUGGAGGGAGGCAAGGGGCAAAGUGCCAGUGUGGGAGCGUGGCGAGGAGAGCUUGCCACUCACUCUCUUCACCCCCGCAGAGCCCCCUUGGCACCUGACACCUCUCCCCACCCAGCUGCUCGCCUGUGACCACCUCCAGCGUCCCCUGCAUCAGCCCUGCUUCUCGGACACCCCUUGCUGCUCAGACCUCCAAUAAAACUCGGUUUUCCUUCUUGA